AAAGCUGUACUCACCAUUCAUUUCCUAGGAUAAAAUAAUCUAUUGCUUGUCUAUAUAUAACUAUGUAAGUAUAUAACCACAAUUCCGGUCGGCAGAGAAGACCCGUUACCAUAGAAUCCGCACCCUACAUUAAACAGAGUCAGCUUCUUUCUUUAUUAUAUUCACCAGUCUUCCAUCGAAAACCUUCGACCUUUUGAUCAGUGGGAGAAGAACUAUGUAACCAAGGAAGGUUCACACGUCAAGACUUCCUGGUAAGUACAGGUGUUACAGUACUCGCUCUACAGGUUUAUCUACGAAACCUUGUUAGUUCAAUGUUGCGCGGGUCUCGUUUUGUCAAACCUUUUCAGCUUCAGGCUGCAACAAAUUGGCAAUCCUCUUUGAUAAAGGGACCUCCAGCUGAUACUAUUUUCUUCUUGGGUUUUCUAAUCAUUGCAGCCGUUCUAUCUUCUUUCUGGAUUCACCUUUGGACUUUUCAGAUUGAUCAUUCUACAAACCAAACAAUAGUGAUCAACGACAAGUAUGAGAUAACCCCCAAAAUAAUCGAGUUUCCACUCAACUGUUCUAUCGGCAUCAAUCAAACACAAACGUGUCCAACAAAUUACCCUAUAGCCUUUACUAGUGAUCGUCUUGACCCAUCGUCAAACGGUACAUGCCCGGACUAUUUCCGGUUUAUCCACGAAGAUCUAAAGCCAUGGAGAACCACAGGAAUCACAAGGGACAUGGUGGAGAGGGGAAAGAAGACGGCACAUUUUCGGCUAGUGAUUGUUAAAGGCAAGGCUUAUAUUGACAGGUACAAGAAGUCCAUACAGACAAGGGAUAUGUUUACCAUAUGGGGUAUUUUGCAGCUUCUUAGGAGGUACCCCGGGAAAGUACCUGACUUGGAGCUGAUGUUUGACUGUGAUGACCUUCCCGUUAUCCGAUCACGGGACUACCGGGGACAGAACUCGACGCAGGUGCCACCGCUGUUCCGGUACUGUGGUGAUAGAUGGACAAAAGACAUUGUGUUCCCUGAUUGGUCUUUCUGGGGUUGGGCUGAGAUAAACAUAAAACCGUGGGGAAGUUUGUUGAAAGAUGUGAAGAAAGGUAACGAGAGGAGCAAAUGGAUGGAAAGAGAACCUUAUGCAUACUGGAAAGGGAACCCCUUUGUAGCUGAAUCAAGGAGAGACCUCCUCAAAUGCAACGUCUCGGAUACACAGGAUUGGAAUGCUCGCUUAUUCAUCCAGGACUGGAUCCUUGAAUCUCAACAAGGCUUCAAGCAUUCAGAUGUAACAAACCAAUGCACACAUAGGUAUAAGAUAUAUAUUGAGGGCUUUGCCUGGUCUGUUAGUGAGAAGUACAUUCUGGCCUGUGAUUCAGUAACAUUCCUGGUAAAACCACACUACUAUGAUUUCUUCACAAGAAGUCUACGACCAGUGCACCAUUACUGGCCUAUAAGGAAUGAUAACAAAUGCAAAUCCAUCAAGUUUGCUGUAGAUUGGGGAAACAAUCACAAACAAAAGGCACAAGCAAUUGGGAAAGCAGCAAGCGACUUCAUUCAGCAAGAACUGAAGAUGGACUAUGUGUAUGAUUACAUGUUUCAUCUACUAAAUGAAUAUGCCAAACUCUCCAAAUUUGAGCCAAGAAUACCUGAAGGAGCUACACAUUUGUGCGCAGAGACUCUCGCUUGCCCUGCAGAGGAGUCAGAGAAAAAGUUCAUGACCGAGUCGUUGGUGAAGAGUCCGUCGAUGACAAACCCCUGCACCAUGCCACCUCCCUAUGAACCCAAAGAUCUUGGAAACUUUUAUAGGAAUAAUAUCAAUUUAAUUAAACAAGUAGAAAAGUGGGAAGAUAAGUACUGGGAUAGUAUCCAUAAUAAGCAGCAAUAGCUUAAACUUUUACGCUGAGCAUAUAUAGACAACAAUUGUCUAGCACUGUCAAUUCUAUGUAAAGCACAUGAUCGAGUUAAUUACAAAUUUGUUGUAGCUGUUAGUAACG